CUCAUUGCGAACACACAGGUGCAAUAACUUGGAAUAUACUUUUUUUCAUAUUGCAUUUUCAUUGGAUUAACUUUCGACAAUGAAUUAUUUCGAAUUAUACUGUCUUGUAUUGUCAUUAAUAACAUUCGAAGCAUAUGCAUUUCCACAAGAUCUUAGGGAAGUUGCUCGGGCUGUGAAGGAAACAGAACAUAAUUACUAUCACAGUGAGGCACCUGACUUAAUUCCAUUUGACAAUCCAAACCACAAAGAUAACGCAAUAGAGGAAGUCGAAGGCUACGGAUCGAGGAUUUAUUCCACUUACGAUGGAUUACACAAGAAAACCUCUGAUGUAUUUCAGCCAAAGGCAGUUGUUGAUGGCAUUAAAUCCGAUUCAGAGAUAUUCGGAAAUACAGGUGAUCAGUUAAAACCACUCAGUGACGUCGUUGUGUCAGCAAUGUCAGUCGUUUCUAACGUUGUUAAUAAAAUUGUUGAUGUAAGCAUAAAUACUUAAUUGUUGUUUAUCAAUUUGACAUGCUGAAUAUCUUCCUUAUUUUUUUUUUAUUUCCUCAUCAGGCUCCUGGCAACAUUUUCGCAUAUUUAUCAAAAUCAUUAAAUACUGGACUGAAUAGCAUUGGUGGGAAACUCGUUGGACUACAAUAACAACGUGAUUUUUUGUAGAAGAAAAGACGCUCGUACGAGGUUAGUGACACAAGGUUAAAUAAUUCAUUUAUAUUGUAUUGAUGUGGCAGACGAGAACUCAAUUGGUUAAAUGCAAUGCCUAAUUUAUGCGUUAAUAUUGUGGGGACUUGAAAAAAAAAAUACAACAUAGAACAAAUGAUUUAUGUAGAUUUAAACAAUUACUUAAAGCACUGCCAAAAUUGUAUAUUUACGAAUCUAAAAUAGUAAUGUUAAUUAUUCAAUUUUCUCGGUUGACACUCACAGCUUAUGUAUAUAGGCAUGUUUUGAUAACACCAAAAAAAAAUCAUAAUAUAAAUUGUUGGUUCUAUAUCUCUGUCAUAGUAUCAUAAUUGAUGUGUAAAUAAAUUAAUUUAGGUUAUACAAUUUUUGUAUGUUGGAUAUGUGA